GAGUACAUGAUUGAUAACAAACCAUGUAAUCAUCAUAUAAGAAAAAUGGAGGACCAGACUCAUUCUGUGAAAAAACAUCGUCAACCUAGAGCGGGACCAAGUGCUGAUAAGAAGAAAGCAAAGAACAAACAUGUUCAAGAGCUGACAGCACAACAAAGAAAUCCUAAAGCUUUCUCUGUCCAGCAUGCUGUUAAGACAAGUAGACUGGUCCAGAGGUCACAGGACAUCAAAACUAAGAAAACACACAUCCCACUAGUAGACAGAACACCAAUUGAACCUCCACCAAUAGUUGUCGGGAUUGUGGGACCACCAAAAGUAGGAAAGACAACUCUGCUGCAGUGCCUUGUUAAAAACUAUGCCAAACAGCGACUGACCAAUGUGGAAGGUCCCGUUACUGUAGUUGCAGGUAAGAACAGGCGACUGACACUUUUGGAAUGCAAGAAUGAUAUCAACACUAUGAUAGAUAUUGCAAAGGUGGCUGAUCUGGUUCUUCUUCUGGUUGAUGCAAGUUUUGGGUUUGAAAUGGAGACAUUUGAAUUUCUGAACAUCUGCCAAGUCCAUGGGUUCCCUCGCAUUAUGGGCGUACUUACUCAUCUUGAUGCCUUCAAAGACAACAAACGCAUGAGGAAAACAAAGAAACGCCUUAAACACAGGUUCUGGACUGAAGUAUAUCAGGGAGCAAAGCUGUUCUACCUGUCGGGGAUGGUAAAUGAAGAAUACCAGAAGACAGAGGUACACAACCUGUGUCGGUUUAUAUCUGUGAUGAAGUUCCGACCACUCCAAUGGAGAAUAACUCAUCCAUACAUCCUAGUUGACAGAACGGAGGAUAUUACGGAUCCAGAGACUGCACGAAGGAAUAGAAAAUGUGACAGGAACAUUUCUCUGUAUGGCUAUGUAAGGGGAACCCACCUGAAGAAUCGUAGUAACGUACACAUUCCAGGUUGUGGUGACUUCACCAUACACGACAUGCAGAUCCUAUCAGAUCCGUGCCCCACACCAGACCAGGAGAAGAGACGCUCAUUGAAUCAGCGUGAACGGAUCAUCUAUGCCCCAAUGUCAGGAGUAGGAGGCAUUGUGUAUGACAAGGAUGCUAUUUAUAUAGAUCUUGGUGGAAGUCAUUCUCACAACAAACGGGAGGAGGAAGAAGUCCAACCAGCCAACGACCUUGUCUCCACACUCAUGUCAACCUUCAACCCUUUAGAUGAGAAGAUCAACACUAGUCACAUGACAGUCUUUUCCAACACUGCACCCAUCUCAGAUGUGGGGAUGCUGGGUGACCAACCAUCCCAGGAGUCUGUCCAGGAGGGAGAGAGGGUACGAAGGAAGGCGGUAUUUACAGACGUUUUAGAUGAUGUAGAUGACAACUCUGAAGAACCCAAGAAAAAAAAAGUCAAGGUGGAUCCAACAGAAGAAUUGGUGUUCGAUGACAGUGAUGAUGAUGAGGGGGAGGAUGGAAAUAAUGCGUUUUUAAAAUCAGGUUUUUCCUUAUCAACUGAGAGAGUUAAUUGUACAGAACAAAGUAAUGAUGAUGUAGAGGAUGAUGACACUAGUGAGGAAAGUGAUGAUGAUGACAUAGAAAUGGAGGAAAUGGAUUUAUCAUCAAAAAAACGAGGCAUUCAAAGUGUGUUAGGUGACAAUAUAAGUAAGGAAAAGGAAGAUGGUGUUGAUUCUGACGAUGAAAUUGUUUUAUUUGCAAACAAAAAGACUUCGUCAGACUCAUUUGAUCAGGAUGAAACAUUUGACAAUGAUGCUAACAUUUCUGACAAUGACAGCUCAGAUGACAAUGAUGAUGAAAAUGAUAAUGAAAACGAUGAUGAAAGUGAUGCUGAAUCUGAUGCUGAAUCCUACGAUGACAUGGAUGUACAUACAGUUGACUCUAUAAAAUCACCAGAUGAGAAAAGUGUAAAAGGCAGUAGUGAUACAAAACUGAUCUCCAAGACCAGGAAAUAUUCACAUGAAACUAAAGCAUCGGUAGAAUCAUCUAAAAUCACUGACAGUGAAAGUGACAUUGAAAGUGAUGAAGGUUUAGGUGAUGAAGCUGAUGAUAAAGAGACUGAUGAGAACAAUGAGAGUGAUGAUGACAUUAAGGAAACAGAGGAUGUUGAAGCAGAAGAAGAAAGCGAGUCUGAAGCUGAAGAGGGACAUUUGAAAUGGAAGAGUAACCUGGCAGAAUUAGCAGCUGAAUCCUUCAGAAAGAGACAAAAGGAGAGAAUCAAUUACAGAAAGCUGAUAUAUGGACAAGAUGCAGGUGAAGAAUUAGAAGAAGAAAAGAAUGAUGACGAUGAUGAUGAGCUGGGAGGGCUGUUCAAGGUUCUAAAGAGAAAGCAGGAGAAGAAGACUGAUGAGCGACUGUCUAUUAACAAAACUGACUGUUCACGUUUCUUUAUACAGACAGUACAGGACUGGGAUCUGGAGGAGGUGAGAGAGCUCAUAAAGGACUGCUUUGUGACAGGGAAGUGGGACAAGAGUGAGGAUGCUGCCGCCAGGUUAGAGCAAGAUGAUGAGUUGUACGGAGACUUUGAAGACCUGGAGACUGGUGAGGUACACAAAGAGGAUAACAGAGAGAUUGACGACGAGGAGGAGGAUUCAACUGCUGAAGGUGAAGAUGAUGGAGAGAGAAAACGCACAAAAGCAGAGAUUACAGCAGAUGAGAAGCGGAUAGCCAGGAAAAAAAAGCUAAAGGAGGUGUUUGACAAGCAGUACGACAUGAAGGAUGACUCUGAGUUCUAUGACUCCUGGAAACAAGAGAACGAAAUACAGGCUCAGCUUAAUCGUGCUGAGUUUGAAAACAUGGAUGAUGACGUACGUGUGAACUAUGAAGGAUUCCGACCUGGGAUGUAUGUACGAGUUGAGGUGAACAAUGUGCCUUGUGAGUUUGUCACAAACUUCGAUGCCAGUUAUCCAGUAAUCCUGGGCGGGCUACUUAAUGUGGAGAGUAAUGUAGGCUACCUCCAGACACGUGUGAAGAAACACAGAUGGCAUAAAAAAAUUCUCAAGACAAAAAAUCCAUUGAUUGUCUCCCUUGGAUGGCGGAGAUUCCAGACAUUGCCCUUGUUUGCAAUUCAGGACCACAAUUUUAGGAACCGACUGCUAAAAUACACUCCAGAACAUCUUCACUGUCACUCAGUUUUCUGGGGUCCUUUGACACCACAAGGAACAGGUUUCCUGGCUGUGGAAAGUGUCUCUGGUGUAAUGCCUGGCUUUCGAGUAGCUGCUACUGGAGUUGUUCUGGAGAUGGACAAGAAAUUAGACAUUGUGAAGAAACUCAAACUGACUGGUACCCCCCAGAAAAUAUACAAGAAAACUGCAUUCAUCCAGGGAAUGUUUAACAGUGCUCUGGAAGUUACCAAAUUUGAAGGUGCCAAAAUCCGAACUGUCAGCGGGAUACGAGGUCAGGUGAAAAAAGCUGUACGAACGCCAGAGGGAGCAUUCAGAGCUACAUUUGAAGACAAAAUACUGCUCAGUGACAUUGUGUUCCUGAGAACGUGGUACCCUGUAGAAGUUCCACAGUUCUACAACCCUGUCACAUCACUACUGCUGCCCCAGGAACAGAAGACAGCCUGGAUUGGCAUGAAAACAGUCGGCCAGUUACGAUGGGAAAGGGGAAUAACUAUCACACAAAAUCAGGACUCCUUAUACAAGCCCGUCGAGAGAAAGGUGUAUCACAGGAAGCCAGUCACAAUUCCUCAGGACCUACAGAAGAAUCUCCCUUUUAAGGACACACCAAAAAUCCUACAGGCCAAGAAAAAUCCCAUCAAACGUGUUGCUGUUAUCAGGGAGCCAAAAGAAGUCAAGGUGGCAAAAUUGAUGAAUAUGAUGAAGACCUUAGAUGAUCACAAAAAGAAGAUGGAGCGGGCUUCGAUGCGAGAGCGAGUUACAAACCACAAGAAGAAACAAGGAACGAUAGACAAGAAGAAACAACAGAAACAAAAAGAAACCAAAAGACAAAUAUACAAAGCUCUAGGACAGUUAGAAAAAAAGAAAAACAAAUUCAAGAAAUGAGUUCUCCAACAGUAUUAGGGCUAAAAAAGACUGGUACAAUAAGAUCAUCACUGCGAUAAUGAUUCUUUUUGAAACCACGACAGAACAUGUGUUUAUUCCAGUGAUGUUGUUGUUCUCAGUGAUUUGAUAAUAA